GGGAUAUAUAUGGCUGCUAUUACCUGUCCUUUGGUCAUUUACAAUGGACAGUCGUUUUUUUCGGACAGUUUAAAUGAUUUUCUGGUCUUAGUCUUUAGAGGAAUUGUCAGCACGGGAGCAGCUGUACUAAUGUACAACUCAUUGAACUUUCUACCACUAGGCGACGCCACUUGCCUGUUUAUGACAGAAACUAUACUGACAACAAUACUUGCAUUCAUAAUUCUUCGGGAAAAAGUUAAUUUCAUGGAUUUGUUAGCCAUCAUGUUAGCAAUGACCGGAAUCAUUCUCGUAGGUCGGCCACCAUUUAUAUUUGGUAGUGAAAACAACGUGAACACCAGUAACCAGGUUAUAGGUUCCCUAAUGGCUCUUGGAAGUUCCGUGUUUAACGCCCUGACUUACAUCAUUACAAGAAAAAUUACAUAUAUUCACUAUAGUGUUGUCAUCUUCCAAUAUUCUGUUAUCCAGAUGAUAGUUUUAUGUAUCUACGUGUUUUCACAAGGAGAAAAUAUACUUCCCGAUUGUGGAACAACUUCUUAUUACGUGCUUGCCAUCGGCAUUACCAGUUUUUUAUGUCAGUAUUUUAGCACUAACGCCCUCUAUGUCGAAGAUGCCGGGAGUUUUUCGUUAAUUCGCUCGUUCCAAAUAGUUCUGUCUUACAUCUAUCAAGUCGCUAUACUUGGCGAAGUGGUCAGUUUGCUGAGUGGGUUAGGGGCACUUUUCCUUUCGUCUGCUGUUGUAAUAAAGGCCUGUUUAAAAUGGUAUACUGAAAAACCCUACUAG